CUCCUCUCCUCCUCUUCCUCCUCUUCCUCCUCUUCCUCCUCUUCCUCCUCCUCCUCCUCCUCCUCCUCCUCCUCACUAACUCCUGUUCUAAUCGGCCGUUGUUCUCUGCAGACCAAAUACGCGUUGCUGGACGAGAGAGACAUCUGCCUGGUACAACAGUUCGCCUUCGAGGCCCGGGUCGAGAUCGACCGCGAUGGCAACGGAGCGCAAAUCUACGCCUGGGCCUACGACAUCACGCGGGGGAGAAGCUCGGGGCAGUACGUCCACGACCUCCUCUGGGAAACACAUAGAGGAGGGAUAGCAUCUGGUUGGAAAGUUGUCCAUUUAAAUAAUGUAACCGUAGAUAAUAGACUGGAAAAUCUAGCUUUAGUGCCUGUCGGAGCCAAGCGACCGGUUUCUGCGCAGACCUCCACUCCCCGUGAUCAGUCGUUAUACUGGGUAGCUAUUCAACAGUUACCGGCAGAUCCUGUAGAAGAGCAAUAUGGUGAUUUUGUAGUAACCCGAUACUUCAAUGCUAAUGGUGAAAUAGUAGAAGAGGAGGAUGACUGUUAUUAUGAAUGUCGAUAUCCUCCAUGUACGAACAUUGAAAAAGAAUUACGUGAAUUUUCAAUUUGUGGUCGUUGUCAAGAAGCUAGAUACUGUGGAACUUAUUGCCAGCAGAAAGACUGGCCUGUUCACAAGAAGCUUUGUCGAGAAAAACGGCGACCCUGCCUCACAGAGAGACCCCCAGAGCGCUAACGUCCGCCCAAACUAGUCACAGAUCUGGGGCAGACACCCAAGCUUCUCGAUACUGGAGGAAUUUGUGAUGUUUUGCAAUCUCUCAAAAAGUGAAGUUUUUGUUUUCCUGCGAAAGAAGUUCUGAGAAGCUUGUCCUCUCCUCUUUUUUUCUUGUUUUCUUUUUUUAUACUCAUUGAAGGGUAGCAUUUGUUAUUAUAAUACUAAAUGAUUAUUAUUACCUUCAUUUACAUAUUAUUAAUAUUUUGUUAUGUAUGGCAUAUGUGAAAACAAAUAAUGCCAACUUGUAUGUUGUGCAUUUUAAACAUAUAUAAUAAGGGUUGUGGAGGAAUUUGCCUUCAGAUUCAUACAUGCUGAUGAUGCAUCUCUACUCUUAGUAUAGGAUUUUUUCUAGAAAUGACAUAUUUUAGUCUUUUCCUUGGUAUUACAAGGGGGGGCAGGAACUUCUUCACUGGAGACCAUACACCAAAACAUUUUGAGGGUAACAUGCUGAGCUAACAAAUAAAGAAAAAAGUGUAGACAUCUUAAUAUUUUCAAGGUUAUAGUACCUCCAGUAUGGUGAGGUUGGGAGUCUGCUGGCAAAUUAUUUGAUGAAUUUUGAUAGUGAGCAAGUGAAGUUUGACAGUGAGUAAGAAUGAAUCUUUAGAUAGGUGUUGGCGUAAGAAAAUUUGUGAGGUUGAAUCAAGUAUAAAAAUACUCUUUCAGUAGAGUUUUGUUGCUUACAUUAGAAAUUGUCUAUAAUUGGUUAGCUACACAAGACUUUUGUUCAGUCCUUUUUUUUAAGAUCAAUAAGAUUCUUAUCUGAAAAGAUUUAGAUGAAAGAAAAAGAAAAAUAGUUUUAGUAUGAUUCUUCAAGCAUUCCAAAGGCAUGAGAAAAUUUAAUUGAUGAAUAAAAUGAAUUGAUUGUGAGACAGCAGUGAGGAAGACAGCAUAAAGACUCUAGCAAUAUUGUUAUGGACAUCAUAAGGAGGUUCGAACAUGCAAAUUGCAAGUUCUGCAAUAGUAUAUAUAUAUUUAUUUCUCAAAAUCUUUAUAUUUGUUGAAGUUUUUGUUGAUGAUAUAUGGUGUAGCCCAUGGAAUUUUAGAUGCUUCUCUUGUAAAGCAAUGUAUAUGUAUAUCUAGUCGAGAGAUUGCUGUAUAUCAAUUUAAAUAGCUCUGGCUGUUUUUUUGUUUUUAUUAUUAUUAUUAUUAUUAUUAUUAUUAUUAUUAUUAUUAUUAUUAUUAUAUUUGAUGUUUUAGCUUAAAUUUCAAGGGCAACAAUAGAAAAUUUAUUUUCAGGUAAUCCUCAACUAACAUACAUUGUUAGUUAUGACAAUUAAGUUUAGUGGAUGUAAGGAAACUUUGUGAUGUCUAUCAGCAAUGUAUGCUUGAGCACAUUAUCAUAAAGAAAUGAUAAUUAUUCCAAGGAGAAGAAAGGUGUAUUCAAACUAUUUUGAGGCAAAAAGAAGAGAAAAAAAGAUUUUUCAACCAAUCUUUGGCGCUAUGUAUUGUACAAAAGUAUUGGCAUGUUUACUUACAGAUAUGUAACUACUGAAUAUGACAUGUUGCUUACUAACAGUCUGAUGCAGGUUGAUGUUGUAUGCUAAUCUAGUACUGACCUGCACUUACAAUGGGUUACACCUCAUCAUGGGGAAAAAAAAGAAGUAAAUUGGUGUAACAGAGUGCAGUGCUUGCUCAACUUCUCAUUCCAUAAGAGCUGUAUGUAAUGGUUUUGAUCUUUUUUUUAUUAUUAUUAAUUAUUGUUGCAAUAUAUAUAUAUUUUUUCCAAGUGGGCACAGGUGAUGUAAUAUCAAGUUUUGUUAGAUGUACAAAGGUCAUGAUCCAGUGUCCUGUAUGGGAGUGGUAUUUAUUACAGCUUGAGUCUAUUUAUUCCAGUAAUUUUAGUAUUUUUUCUUAAUAGUAUUAGAGUUUAUGAUCCAUUUAAUUAUUACAUCCUUGGUACCUUGUGGCUCAGCCUCAUCUCAUUUUUGUUUACCUGUGAAAAAUCUUGUCAUGAGAAAGUGACUUUCCUUAGAAUAUGGAAUUUUUCACAAUCUAUUAUGUACAUACAGGCAAGCAGGGCAAACUGACAAAGAAAUAGGCAACAACACAGACAUUUAGACUGAGGUAAACACACACAUGGGUGUAGGGAAAUAUUUUUAGAUAUGAACAGAGAUUUAUACACCCUCAGAUCAACCACUCACAAAGGCAGUUAGUGCCAGGCAGAGCAAAACCAAACCACACCAUACAACCCAACAAAAAGUUUGUCAAACCAGAAUCUAGACUAGCUUCAUGAUUAGACAGUUUUUUGUUGAAUUGUAGGGCAUUUUGAUUUGGUUCUACUUUCUCUGGUGACAAACAUACAGGCAACAGGUUUGUGUCAUUGUCACGGAGGGUAUAUAAGUAAUAUAUUAAAUGGUUUAUGGCAUUCUUCCUUCUUACACAGAAAUAAUUUUGUAGACAGACAGACACACAAUACUUCAACUGAAUUACCAGUGUAUGUAAACCUGCCAAAAAAUAUUCUUAGAUUGGAGUUUGCAUGUUUUUUCUGUAUGUAUGUAUAUAUGUAUUUAGGAAGUUUCACAUCUAUAAUUUCUGAAAGGAAAGGUAUUAGUAAAAAAUAUAAUAAACAUCAUUUUUGAGUCUUGACAUGCUUUACACCUCUAUUCAGGUGAAGCAGAGUAGACAAGUCUCAUGGUCAAUAGCAGUUCCACAGGGUUGCACCAGGGACCACUCCAUGAGUUUUGGGUGAAGAGUGCUGAAUUUUCUGUUUCGUUACUUUAUAAUACAGUUGCUCACCUCUUUACCACAAGCCUUGAGCAUACAUGGCAAUGACUGUGGUGCAGCUCUAGGAAUUUGUAGGAAGUAAAAGACAAGUGAUGUCAUAGGAUGAGGUCUGAUAGACACUGUUGUAUGUGUUUUUGACAUAUCACUUUAAUUAUUAAGUGACAACUAACCCAAGUUCCUUGUUUAGUGUUUUCCUAAUCUGUUCCAUAAUAUAUAUUUUUUUCAUGGCUUUCUUAUUAAUUUUUGAGUGUUUGUACACACAAUUAAUUUGUCCAAAAGGUUUUUAAUCUAUAAUCUUUCAUCAUUUGCUACUCAUUCUUCAUGUGAAUGCAUUUUUCUCAGACAAUGAAAACAUUUCUGGAUACUAAUAUUGCUUUAUACUACUACAGACUUUCUCUCCCUGUACUUGUGUUCUUUUUAACAAUACUGAAAUGAGGCUUUCUUAAUAAUGACAAGACAAUAGAGUAAGAUUAUGGGCAUGACAUGUACUUUUAAUGGUAGUUUGAUUUAGCUUUAACACUGGAGACAUUCUAUAGGGCCUGGAACUGAAAAGGACAUGUGUUAUAGGCUUGGAGAAGAAAGAGCAAGGAAAAGGCUAUUGAGAAAAAAAAUCUCCAAGGAGUUUGUUAUGUGGGGUUUAUGUUGAUCAGUCCAUUUGAGAAUUAAAAUAAGAGGGUUUAAAAAAUGUAACCUAAAAUUUGGUAAUUCCUAUUAGUUGAGUUAAUUUUACAUUCAUAUGUUGUAUGGAUAACUAAUCUAGCAUCUUGAUGGUGUAUUUAACAAUCUCCAGUCUGAUGAGGCUGCAGAUACUGUUUCAUGACUAGUAAUGUUACCAAAUUAUAUGAAACAAAAUUGUCAGAUAUUUCUUUAAAUAUGUAAAUCUACCAUAUCAUAAUGUUUUGGCAUUUCUCUGGAAGUAAGAAAGCCCUUUAGCAUUCAGAAUUCAUAUUGCUGUCCAGUGUUGCAUUCAUGUUCUUAACUUUUGUUCCUUUUAUACAGUAUUUAUUUAGCAUUAAUCAAUUACACAUGAAGUAACUAACAUAGGCAAUAGCUUUUUUUGUAAGUUCAGACCACUAAUUGAACCAUUAAAGAACUGACUUGCUAACAGGAAAUCCUCAAGCCUAAUUUAGUUUUCACAGAGCUAUACUAACAUAGCUUUGUGAUAAUUAAUGCAUAACUUUCAUUUGAGAACGCAAAAAAGGACCAGAUGCUGAAAAAAAAAUACUCUCAGAUAUAUGAAUACUUGGUAUGAUGUCAUGAGAACCACUCUAUUGUAUACCUGUCACGGAUCAACAAACAUGUUACUUUUGAUAUUGUGAUGUUCCGUCAGCCAUGUGUAAUUAACAAUCUGUAUUGUGUAAAGGCAGGGUGUACCAAUAUUUUUUAAGUGUAAAAUUCAUUUGAGCAGCUAUUUUUACUUGAUGAUCUCAUACUAACACUAGCAUGCUGGUUACUAGCCUAAGCUGUUAAUGUUUUUUCUCCCUCUCUUGGAUAAUACUUCAUGGAUUAACUCUUAGGGGUAUUUGGUCCAAAAAUUUGGGGAUGGUGUCCUUGCUUCAUACAUUUGGCAUUUAUUUAUUCAAAAUUGAGAAGAUAAGCAGUAUCCAAAGCAAACUUGGACACCUCCAAAUUUUCCCAAAGCCCAAAGACAGUACUGAAGUAUUUGUGAUUUUUGAAAGUAGCUGCUCAAGUGAGCAUAUUAACAGAGAGUAACUAGGAGAGUAUAUCAGUAAUUGCCUCACUUGCACAAUGUCACCAAGAAUACCAUUUGCCUUUUUUGUGGUAAUUUUGAGUAUUUUCCACCGAAUGUAGGCUAAGAAAUAAUGUGUUUGAAUAUUCAGUUGUGAAGGGAAAGUAAAUAAUAUUUGUUAAAUGGUGUAGGGCAUUUAACAAGUUGGGUUUCUGAACAUGAUUUAUUUUUUUCCAUUUUUAUUUCAUACUUGAGGGUUCAAUUUUUAAAUAUGAUUUAUUAAUUUUUAUUGUUUUGAUGUGAGUUACAAUUGCUUGAUUUCUCUGGGAAUGACUUUUCUUGCAUUUCACUUACAUAAAGCACCCUACCCUCAGGCUUUCCACAGUCUGACUUCAUAAGUCACUCGGCCAUUUCAGGCUUGUGCCCAGAACUGAACUUGGUAAUGAAAUGUAUUUUCUCUGGUGUCGCACUCAUGGCCCAAGUGCUGCCAUUAUAUGUCAGUGCCUUUUACAAGUCAUUAUUACCAUUUCCUUGCAUCCUUCCAAGCAGAUCAUUCAUGUUAACCUUACAGGCAUUUGUAAUUGUUAAGUUUAAGGACAAAUUGUAGGUAUGCAUUGAAAGAGGGAAUGUAUGUACUGUGUGUAGUUUGAACAUUGACUGCAUUUAUAGAACUCAUGUGUCCUGCAUCAUAAUUUAUUUUUAUUUUAUUACAAAUGAGGGUUUUUUUUUGUUUUUUUUUUUAAGCAACAACUUGAAAUGAGGUAUAAUGUACAUCUGUAUUUAUGGCAAUUUAAGUGGUUUUGAAGGACAGUAUUUGUUGCAAAGAAAAAUCUUGACAGAUAGGGGUGUUUCCCUCCUGCUGUGUACCAACACAGGAAUAGAGGGGGAAUAAAAAACAAAACCAAAUAACAAAAAUAAGAAAAAAUAAUAAUGAUACGUUGCUCUCUCCCACACCUUCCAAGUUAUUUACAACCAAUCACAACGCUGAUGAAGUGAAAAGCAUUUGCAUUCUUUUCUCUACUGUUAAAUUAAUUGCUUUGUUUCUAAUGAUGAGGGUUUGACUCCCUCAGAAAUAGGCUAGGUUAAUGACAAGCUUAGCUGAAUAUGACUUCUAGUCCUACUAACACCAAAUAUAUGUUUAAUAAUAAAAUGGAA